AUGGUUGUGAGAGCCCUUCGUUUUGGGAAGAAGAUUUCCUCAAAGGAGAGCCAUCAAAAACAAGAUCCUGGGCCGUGCAGCAAACUGGCGAAGGCUUUGACAGAGUUGGAGACUCACGGUGGUCUUCUUCCCAUCUAUGUUCGCCAGCAGAAUGCGGCAAUUUUGAUCACUCAUCGUGACAAUGUAGUCAAAAUCGAGUCUUUUGAGCUAUCUUCUCGUAACGAAUCCAUCAUAACGACGGUUGGGCGCCUUCAACGCAUAUUUCUAUGUCUUACUCUUACUAUGGACCUCACCACUUUCAACAAUAAGGGCUUCAGGGAUAUGAUCGCCCAAACUAUUGCACAGAUGAGUAGUCAAUUUGUGAAGAAAUUUUACCAGAAAUAUGAUGAGGAUAGGGAUACCACCCGUCCAAAAAUGGUGACAGAUUUUAUGAUGGCGGUCCUGCGUCCUCGUUGUUCCGAGGUCAAUACAUUGCAGAUUCAGAAGAAUACGCGCGAAGAGGUGCUGCAGCUCAAUACUCGAUUCCCAUGGCGACGAUCUGCUAUGUGGCUUAUGGUUCGUGUGGUCCUACAGCUUACUUUUUGCAGGUUGUCGGUCCUAUGA